GAGUGAAUGACGUCUCUGAAUUUGCGGGCCGCCGACGCAGGGCUGGGUUUCCAUUUUCAUAGCGAGUUUCGGGGGGGAUCGUCAACAUGGAGCCGGAGAUAGAUGACAAAACGGUGGAACUGAUGUGCUCUGUGCCUCGCUCUCUCUGGCUGGGCUGCUCCUCGGUGGCUGAGAGUUUGUGUGCACUCAGGUGCCUGCAGAGCAUCCCCUCCACCCGGGCUCACAACCAGAACACAUCAGGGAUGGAGUCGCCGAACCUCGACGACCUGUCGCCAAAGAAGAACACAGUUCUCAAGCUUAGUAACGGCCCUGUCGUUGGGUCCCGCAAACGUCCGUCGGAGGGGAACUAUGAGAAGGAGAAGGAGCACUGCAUCGCCCUGUUUGACCAGUGGUCGGAGGCCGACCAGGUGGAGUUCGUCGAGCGCUUGAUUUCCCGUAUGUGCCACUACCAGCACGGCCACAUCAACUCCUACCUCAAACCCAUGCUGCAGAGGGAUUUCAUCACUGCGCUGCCAGCCCAAGGCCUGGAUCACAUAGCGGAGAACAUCCUGUCGUUCCUGGACGCGCGCUCGCUGUGCUCGGCGGAGCUGGUGUGUAAGGAAUGGCAGAGGGUCAUCUCUGAGGGUAUGCUGUGGAAGAAGCUCAUUGAACGCAUGGUCCGAACUGACCCUCUCUGGAAAGGCCUGUCAGAGAGACACCAGUGGGAGAAAUAUUUGUUCAAAAACCGCACGUCAGAAGUUCCACCCAACUCCUAUUAUCACUCCCUUUAUCCCAAGAUCAUUCAAGACAUAGAGACUAUUGAGGCUAAUUGGCGAUGUGGCAGACACAACUUGCAGAGGAUUCAGUGUCGCUCAGAAAACAGUAAAGGUGUUUACUGCCUGCAGUACGACGACGAUAAGAUCAUCAGUGGCCUUAGGGACAAUUCCAUCAAGAUCUGGGACAAGCAGUCUCUGGAGUGUCUGAAGAUAUUGACCGGUCACACAGGCUCAGUAUUGUGUCUUCAGUAUGACGAAAGGGUCAUUGUCACCGGGAGUUCUGACUCGACUGUCAGGGUGUGGGAGGUGACGACGGGUGAGGUACUGAACACACUGAUCCAUCACAACGAGGCAGUUCUCCACCUGCGCUUCGCCAACGGCCUGAUGGUCACUUGCUCCAAGGACCGUUCGAUUGCAGUCUGGGACAUGGCUUCGCCGACUGACAUCGGCCUACGCCGUGUCCUGGUGGGGCAUCGAGCUGCUGUCAACGUGGUCGACUUUGACGACAAAUACAUUGUGUCCGCCUCAGGGGACCGUACUAUCAAGGUAUGGAGCACCAGCACAUGUGAGUUUGUCCGAACUCUAAAUGGUCAUAAGCGGGGAAUCGCGUGUCUACAGUACAGAGAUCGCCUGGUGGUCAGCGGCUCAUCUGACAACACAAUCCGGUUAUGGGACAUAGAGUGUGGGGCGUGUUUGCGAGUGCUGGAAGGUCACGAGGAGUUGGUGCGCUGCAUUCGCUUCGACAACAAGAGGAUUGUCAGUGGCGCCUACGACGGGAAAAUUAAGGUGUGGGACCUGCAAGCAGCCUUGGACCCACGAGCCCCUGCCAGCACAUUAUGCCUGCGUACUCUAGUGGAGCACUCCGGCCGUGUGUUCCGCCUGCAGUUCGAUGAGUUUCAGAUCAUCAGCAGUUCUCACGACGACACCAUCCUGAUCUGGGACUUCCUGAACGUCUCAACCAACGGCCAGUCAGAGGGACGGUCUCCUUCCCGGACCUACACCUAUAUUUCUAGAUAGCAGGUGGCGCCAUCCACUGCAUCCUUUCUUGGAGGAACCCAGGGCUGAUUGGCUGAUGGAUGCGUCUGUCAGGGAAAGGAGCCCAUCUCUUCUCCUUCCUCCUUGUCAUCUCUCUGUCCAUCUCCCACCCAGCCCCCCCCCCCCCCCCCCCGACCCCACGCCACCCUACCACCACUGCUACCCACCCCGGCCGUUCUGACAGACUUUCAGCUUGUGCCCGUUGCCUCCCACUACAGACAUACACACACAGUCAACACUGAGUUUUCCCCAACUACAGAAUCAACAUGACUCUCCCAAGAAGCUCACCUUAUGACUCUUAAUUUAUGUUUUUGUAAAGUACACUAUUGACAGUAUUAACCUAGACCUGAAAUAAGUCACAAGCGCUUUUUGUCCUUUUGAUCCAAACUUAAAGCAGCUUCUGCUCCUCAGUUUUCAGCCCCUGUCAAAACAGCUUUCCACAGACACAGGAUUGCUAAUAGUUAUAUAUUUAUAAAUAUCUCUCACGCACACGCACACACACGCACACACACACACACACACACAAACAUACAUACACAAACACACACUCACACAGUACGGAACAGUGGCACAGUUGGACAGAGGAUGACCGGAGCUGUGAUUCGGGAGACAGAGACUCUUUUUACUCGGCUCCAGGGAAGAAGGGAAGGAUGGGAGGUGGAGGGAGAGAAUGAGGGAGAAAUGGGUUUGGGAUAACGUCCCCGCUCCCUCUCACUCCCUCUCACUCCUCCCUGACUCUUUCUCUCUAUCUCUCUCUCUCCCUCUCUUCACUCCCCCCCCCCCCCCCCCCCCCCCCCCCCCUGCUCCCUCGCCCCCAAAGAUGCACAUUCACUUGGAAAAAGGGGGUGCACACACUCAAGUUUGCGGGAGUGUGUUUGUUUAUGUGGACUUUGUGAGAAAUGGCAGAAGAGAGCCGAAGCGUCAGACAGACAUGCAUGUGAGGUUGCCUUGGAUACAGCAUCCCGGCAGACCUCUGCUUUUUUUUUUUCUCCUCUUUAACUCUUACUUUCUUACUGUUUUUUUUUAUUACUGUUAUUUUCUAAAUUUAUUUGAGUAUUUUGGUUCUUAGUACAAAAGUCAUACUAAGCGUAGUCCUCUUUCUCUCCCCCUGGCCCUUUCUCUCUCUCUCUUUGUCUCUCACUGUCUUUUUCCCCUCAUUCUUUCCUCUAACCCUUGUUCAUCUGUCCCUUCCACUCGAUCGUUCUCUCCCACAUCACGUGCUUGCUUUGGUUAUGAGAGAAGCUGGAAUUCAAGAGCUCAAAUUUAGCUGUAAACGGAGUUGUCUUGUCAAAAAUUGUGUUGUAUAUUAAAAAUGAUUUUUUAAAGAAAAUGAUCUUAUUGUGAAUAAAGUACUUGACAGUGGUGGAGUGUUGAGCCAACUGUAACAUGAA